UUUCCCCCUUCUCCUCUCUGAGCCGCGGAGGAGAGAAAGGCAGAGAGAAGGGGAGAAAGGAAGCCCCUUCCUCUUUCCUCUCUAUGGUAUUCUCUUAAAGGGCCAGAAACAGGCGGGGGCGGGGUGUUUCCUCCCCCUUCCAGCGUUCAUUUAUUUUUCGUCCUCCGACUCCCUCUGCCCCCCUCGCCUCGCUUUCUCUCUUGGGUCAAACCAAGCCUAAGGGGGGGGGGGCGGAGGGGGGAGGAAGAAGAUGGCGCAGGCCUUGUCUGGAGAGGAGUUCGAGCGCAUGCAGGCCCAACUGCUGGAACUUCGGACACAGAAUUACCAGCUUUCUGACGAACUUCGCAAGAACACUACUGAAUUAAAUGGUCUUCGGCAACGGGUGGCAUAUUUGGAUAAGGAAUUUGCCAAAGCUCAGAAGGCUCUGAGCAAGAGCAAAAAGGCCCAGGAAGUGGAUGCCUUGCUUAGUGAAAAUGAAAUGCUUCAGGGAAAACUACACAGCCAGGAGGAUGACUUCAGGCUGCAAAACAGCACCCUUAUGCAGGAGCUCUCCAAGCUGUGUUCCCAACUUGAGCAGCUGGAGAAGGAGAACAAGAGCCUACGGGAAGAAGGAGCAGUGCCAGGAGCAGGAGCCACAGAAGGAACUUCCCCAGCCAGCCCAGUGGAUGGGGAACUGCUGCGGCUGCAGGCAGAGAACUCAGCACUACAGAAGAACAUGGCAGCUUUACAGGAGCGCUAUGAGAAGGAAGUGGCCCGGCAAGCAGAAAACCGAAGUAGUGGGAAGGGGGAUGCUUCCAUGGAUCCUCCACCUGCUGGGCAAGAGGGUGCAGAGCCUCAGUCAUCUGACAGUGCUGGUGGCAGCAAUAGCGGAUCCCAGCAGCUGCUCUCGGAGGUGGAGCUGAAGUGGCAGACGGAGAGGGAAGAGAAGAUUCUUUUGAAAGAGCAGCUGCAAAGCCUCGAGGCAUCCAAGACAACAGAAAUGUCCCGUUUGCAGCAAGAACUCAGCAAGCUUGCAGAGAAGCUAAAGAAGAAGCAGGAGAGCUUUCUGCGGCUUCAGACAGAAAAAGAAGCUCUCUACAAUGACAGCAGGACCAAAAUUGACGAGAUUCAACAGCGGAAAGAGGACGAGCUCAAGUCCCUUCAGAUUCGCAAUCAGAAGCUGCAGCAGGAACUCCAGACUGUAAACCAGGGCUUCUCGGAAUUAAAGGACCAACUGCAGAGUCGUCGGAAAGAGCAUGAGGUGGCCCUGCAAGCUCUACAGGACCAAGUUGCUUGUCAAAGUGCGGAGAGCCAGGAGCAGGUUGAGACCAUUCUGUCUGAAAACGAUGCUCUGAGAACCAAUCUGGCAGCAUUAGAACAGAUCCAGACGUCGAAGACCCAAGAGAUGAAUCUAAUGCGGGAUCAGGUGGCAGCCUUGGGAUCAGAGCUGCAGCAGUGUCAGAACGAAAAGGAGGCACUAGCUGCCCAGCGGGAUGACCUCAACACACAGCUCCAAGAGUCACUCCGGGCCAAUACUCGUCUCCUGGAGCAGCUACAAGAACUUGGGCAGGAAAAAGAGAGGUUGUUACAAGACCUUGAGGAGACUCGGAAGACAGCAGAGAAGCGCAAAGGCAUGCUCGAUGAGAUGGCCAUUGAGACCCUCCAGGAAAAAGGACGCCAUAAGGAAGAGAUUAGUAACCUCCGUCUGCAGCAUGAGAAAGAGGUGUUAGCUGUGCGGGCACGCUAUGAGCGAGAGCUGCGGGAACUGCACGAGCACAAGAAGCGGCAAGAAGAUGAGCUGCGUGGCCAGCUUAAGGAGGAGAAGGCUCGUAGCCAGGAGCUGGAAUCCAUGCAGCAAACAGUGGAGGAGCUGCGCCUGCAAAUACAGUCCAUGGAUGGCACAAAAGGCUGGUUCGAGCGGCGACUUAAAGAGGCUGAGGAGCUGAUAGAAAAGCACCAGCUGGAACAUGCAGAAGCCCUGCAAGCCUGUAAGGAGCAGCAUGUGUCUGACCUGCAGUUGAAGGACCAAGAAGUGGAAGCAACCAAGGAGAAGUUGCGAGAGAUCGAAAGAGCCAGGGAUGAACACAUGGAUACAAUCAACCGCCUGAAACAGGAGGUGAAGGACACAGUAGAUGGACAGCGGAUCCUGGAGAAGAAAGGCAGUGCAGCGUUGAAAGACCUGAAGCGGCAGCUCCACCUGGAACGGAAGCGAGCAGACAAACUCCAGGAACGCCUCCAGGAGAUCUUGACUAACAGCAAAAGCAGGACAGGGAUAGAAGAUCUUGUCCUGGCAGAUAUCAGCUCACCAAGCCGGGCACAGACAGGGGACAGCAGUAGCAUCUCAUCCUUCAGCUAUCGUGAAAUCAUGAAAGAGGGAUCUGGACCCGGUAGUAAUAAGUCAACCACAGGCAGUCCACAGUCCCAGUCGCAACCCCCACGUCCAGCGGACCUCUCAGAUGAAGAAAUCUCUGAGCUGUUCCAGCGUCUGGCUGAGGUUCAGCAGGAGAAGUGGUUACUAGAGGAGAAGGUGAAGCACCUGGAGGUCAGCAGCGCUUCCAUGGCUGAAGACCUGUGCCGGAAAAGUGCCAUCAUUGAGACCUAUGUGAUGGACAGCCGCAUUGAUGUGUCAGGAGCCCACGGGCAGGUUGACCGGAGCAGCCUGAGCAGCGUCUUGCGGGACCUGGUGAAGCCGGGAGAUGAGAACCUCCGUGAGAUGAACAAGAAGCUACAAAACAUGCUGGAGGAACAGCUCACCAAAAACAUGCACUUACAGAAGGAUUUGGAAGUUCUGUCCCAGGAGAUUGUCCGUCUCAGCAAGGAGUGUGUACCGUCCCCGGAUGCUGAGCCUGCCUUGGAUGAUGCUGUCUGAGCUCAGUUCCGUCCUAGGACACCAACCCCUUUUGCUGUGCCCACGUCUGCAUUGCUGGCAUUGGGGGCUGGGGAAAUAGUGGCAUUUUCUGCCUCUUCCCCACCCACCCCUUGCACCCCUCCAUUGGAUCACUUCUUGUUUUAUUUUGUGGAGGUGUUUUUAAGCCUCCCAUCCUUUCUGUCUUUCCCCUUUCUUAAUGCAACAAACGGUUUCUCCCUAAACCUCCUCUUUGUUGGCUGCCUGGCUCAGACCUUACCUGAGACAGAUUUCUUUCUGCCAGGUCACACGCAUGCUGGUUAUGCUUUUGUUGGUUUCCUCUUGGGGCUCUGAAGCCUUUAAGAAGUACUGGUUGAAGCAGCCUUCCUGCUUUGGUGCACCUGGUGGGAUGGAAGGCAAACUGCAAUCUGGUUCUUAAGGUGGUCGCUUUCAAAAUUCAAAUCAGCACUGAAUAACAGUGUUCCAGUCUGAAAAGCUGAGGAUCCCUCCUGAUGUUAUUGGACUGCAGCUCCCAUCAUUCCUCACCACUGUCUGUCAUGGCUCAGGACUAUAGGAGUUACAUCCAGCAAGAGAUGGAGGUACCACACAUUCCCCAGUCGCUCGAGGCCUCUCUUCCUUCAUUUCUAGCCCUACAGGCUAUAACUGUGAUCCUUGUGUUUCAUUCAUUGCACCUCACUGCUGGUCUCUUGUUCUCCCACAGGCCUCAUUUUGCAUGCUUGGUCGGUCCCAGCUGUUGCUGCUGUUAAUAAAGAGUUAAAUAUUAUAGAGAAAUAUAUAUAUAUAAAUAUAUAUUUGCGAUGAUUCCCUCCCUCUGGAUAGGACUGAACCCAAGCAGUGCAAACUCCUGUGUACAUGCAGGAGGAGGAAUUCCUGAGCUUUUACAAGGUUCCAGCUGCACUUUUUGUUGAGGGUGGCAGCGUGGGUGGGGGUGUUUAUUUAACAUUAUCAAUGACUUAUACAAGGCUGUAAUUAUUGAGCAACUGAUAAUGCAAACAGUGAUUUUGGGGGAAGGGGGAUUGGCUCUACCUCUGUGUUGUCCUUGCUUUGAGAAGAUGGGGUGAAAUGGGAUUAAACGUCCAUCUUUUGAAGUCUG